AUGUUUUUUCGAGAAAAUAAAGAAAAAUUGUCUACUUUAUCAACUUUCGUUCAUUCUGAUGGUUUAAUUCGUCUAAAAACCAGGAUUUUAGAGCGUGACGAUAGUUUUGGUUUCUUGUGUCCAAUCGUACUGGAUUCAAGCAAUCAAGUGGUCAAGUUGCUCAUACGAGAGACCCACGAGAACAUGGGUCACGCGGGAGUGCAGACAGUCAUGUGUCAAAUUCGUGAAAAAUUUUGGAUUUUGUCAUCGCGUAAAACUGUUCGCUCUGUUAUAAAGAAAUGCGUUGUUUGUAAUAGAUAUAAUUCGAAACCUUUAAGUGUAAAUCCACCACCUUUACCUGUUCAUCGUGUCAAGGAUGCUGCUGUAUUUGAAGUGAUUGGGGUUGAUUUUGCGGGCCCGGUGUACUUGCGUGGACAAACGAAAGCGUGGAUUUGUCUGUAUACAUGUGCUAUUUAUCGAGCAGUUCAUCUCGAAUUGGUGACCUCUUUGUCCACGAAUAAUUUUUUAGAGAGUUUGCGUAGAUUUAUUGGACGUCGAGGUAGACCCUCUAUAGUUUACAGCGACAACGGAACCAAUUUUGUUGGCGCCGAAAAUGCUUUUGAAGAUUUAAAUUGGGAUGUCAUCGCCAAUUACAGUCAGGCUCGGCAAAUAGAUUGGCGAUUUAACCCACCAACUGCCUCAUGGUGGGGAGGUUGGUGCGAGCGAUUAAUUGGAAUGAUGAAAGUUAUUCUUCGCAAAGUUUUAGGAAAAGCAUCUCUUACAUUUGAAGAGAUGUAUACCGUUCUAUGUGACUGCGAAUUCUGCCCUCCAAAAGAAAAAGAUACAUAA